GGUCAGUCUUGAAAAGUGCCAUUUUUGGAUUUUAAAAAUAUGAAAUGAUUCAAGUUUAUUGACUGACCCAUACAUACUACAAUAUUAGUAGUGGAACAACGAUAUAAAAACCUGAAAACAGUGGUUUUUUUAAAAUAUAUAUGUAGGUGUGCAAUAAUGGAGAGCGCGCAACAAUUUUGUAAUUCCUCAUGAUUUUUUAUAAAGUUUGUUGAUAUGCCAGUUAGAAGAGGGUUGGUAGCACCUAGAACUACACUUAUUGAAACAAUCAUAAGAAAGUUUGAUACUGACAAUCGUUCAUUUUUGGUAGCUAACAGCAGAGAAGGACAAUGUCACAUAAUAUAUUGUUCAGACGGCUUUUGUCGAUUGACGGGAUAUUCCAGAGCAGAAGUUAUGCAGCGCCCGGCUUCAUGCGAAUUUCUCUGCGGUCCUCUAACAUCACAACAGGCCGUCUCGAAUCUCAGGGAGGCCCUACAAGAUGGCGUCGAAAAACACGCGGAGAUAUUAUAUUAUCGGAAAGAUGGGACCAAGUUCCUAUGUUCGGAAGUGAUAGCUCCUAUAAGAAGCGAGGUGGAUGACAUAAGUCUCAUAAUAAUAAAUUUCGAAGAUUUAACCACGGUGCCAGCCUCGUCCUUAGAAAAUAGUCCCAUAGGGAAAAAUAGGUUAAGUAAAUUCGGAAGAGCCCGAGCUUCAUUUCGUCAAAGCUUGAGGCUAGGGUCAAACAUUCGAGGUAGGGGAUUAAGACUUGCAGGCUAUCUAACUCCACCCAGUGACGUCACUGCCGCCGAAGAGGAAGAAGACAGGUUGGAGCAAUGUCCUUUGACGUCAAGUGCUCCAGUACCAAUUUUAGAACAGACAUGGGUUUCGAAAACAGAUGUGCCCACGGUCCCUUUAUCAACUACCAUCCCUUCAUCAGCUCAAAUAAAAGACUAUACAUCAUUGACGAUAUCACAUAGCGCCCCAGCUAGUCAUCAGGCUUCCUUCGAGAGAGGGGAGAGUAUCGAAAGGACUAGACCCCAUCACUCCAUGAAUACUAGUAACAAUAACAGUAGUAGUAGUAAUAGGCAACAUCACAUCAUACAGAACAAAGUAUCGCAUGCUACCAGUUUAGAUGCCAUAGCUAGAAGACAGUGCUUUAAAACUGGAUACCCUACCGUUAGCAUUUCAAAUAAACCUCAAUUAAGUAAGCAAUUUCCCAACGUUUCUUCAGAAAGUGAUCUUCAAAGAUACAGAACACAUGGUGAUAGGAAAAGUCCAAGUUUAUCAAACCCUACGGAGUCCAUGAAGCAGAAGGUUUGUCCACAAUUCUCUUUUCAAGAUAAUGGCUCAGCGAAAUAUUUUCAAAGUGGAAUUCAUACUCCAAAGAUGGGUGAGAAAGUAGCUCAGGUACUUUCUUUGGGCGCUGAUGUCCUUCCUGAAUACAAACUUCAGAAUCCCAGAAUUCACAACUAUACUAUCCUCCACUAUUCUCCUUUUAAAGCUGUUUGGGACUGGAUUAUACUCAUUUUGGUUAUCUAUACCGCAAUUUUUACUCCCUACGUCGCUGCUUUUUUAUUAGGAGAACCGGAUUUUAAUAAUAGAAAAAACAAGAAGUACAGCGAAGAUCCUAUUGUUAUUAUUGAUCUCAUUGUUGAUGUAACAUUUAUAGUGGACAUUUUAAUAAAUUUUCGCACAACCUACGUAACGGGAAAUGAUGAAGUUGUAUCAGAUCCAGUGAAAAUAGCUUUCCACUAUUUGAAAGGAUGGUUUCUUAUAGAUCUUGUAGCGGCAGUUCCUUUCGACCUCUUAUUUUUCGGCUCCAAUACAGAUGAAUUGGGCUUGGAUAAAGACGAGACAACCACAUUAAUUGGACUGUUGAAAACUGCUCGACUUUUGAGAUUGGUCAGAGUUGCUAGAAAAAUCGAUAGGUAUUCAGAAUAUGGAGCUGCGGUUCUUCUACUUCUUAUGGCUACGUUUGCGCUCAUAGCACACUGGAUGGCAUGUAUUUGGUAUGCUAUUGGAAAUGCAGAGAGACCUAUGUUGCCUGCAAGAAUCGGUUGGUUGGAUAUUUUGGCCAACGAUACUCAACAGUAUUAUUUACCUAACAACACUGGAGGUCCCAGUAUACGAAGCAGAUACGUAACAGCACUAUAUUUCACUUUCACUUCACUUACAAGUGUGGGGUUUGGAAACGUUGCUCCAAACACAGAUGCUGAAAAAAUUUUUACUAUUUGUGUGAUGUUAGCAGGAUCUCUAAUGUAUGCCAGCAUCUUCGGAAACGUUUCGGCAAUCAUUCAACGUUUAUAUUCGGGUACAGCGAGAUAUCAUACUCAGAUGUUAAGAGUAAGAGAGUUUAUUCGAUUUCAUCAAAUCCCGAAUCCGCUCCGGCAACGCUUAGAAGAAUAUUUCCAACAUGCCUGGACGUAUACGAAUGGAAUUGACAUGAACUCUGUAUUAAAAGGCUUUCCAGAGUGUCUACAAGCUGAUAUUUGUUUACAUUUGAAUAGAAAUUUGUUACAGAAUUGUAGUGUCUUCGAUGGAGCAAGUCCAGGCUGUUUGAGAGCUCUUUCUUUGAAGUUCAAAACUACACAUGCCCCACCGGGAGACACAUUGGUACAUCGCGGCGAUGUUCUUACGUCGCUUUAUUUCAUAUCAAGAGGUUCAAUAGAAAUAUUAAAAGAUGAUAUUGUUAUGGCAAUUUUAGGUAAAUUUGAUAUUUUUGGAGAAAAUCCUUGUUUACAUCCCACAUUGGGAAAGUCUGAAUGCAACGUUCGAGCCCUGACCUACUGUGAUCUACAUAAAAUCCAUAGGGACGAUCUGUUAGACGUUUUAGAACUCUAUCCGGAGUUCUAUACUCAUUUUUUGAAUAAUUUAGAAAUAACUUUUAAUUUAAGAGAUGAUGAUCAAGCUGGAGUUGUUCCUAGGAGAUCAUUUUAUCCUAAAGACAAAGAGAAUCGCUAUUUUCGUGGAGUUCCUUCUGCCAGAUCUAACGGACUCUCAAGUCGUGGUAACUCAAUGAAUGGGAGGCAAGAAUCCCAAUAUAGCGAUGAGUCUGAAUCAGGGCACGGUAUUCUAGAAUUUUCCACAGAUAAAGCGGGUCAGGACGUAACACCAUUAAACUUAGACUUUGGAGAGGAGAAGAGAAGAUCAUCAACUUUAAAUUCAAUAACAGGCAUGCUAUCUCAACUUAAAAGAAGUAUUCCAGAUCUAAGGUUACACAAAACACACCAGCCACUAAUAGCACAGUCCACUCCUCCCUCCAGCCAUAGGAUACGCACAAUACGAAGGCAGUCAUCUAUAGGAGCGUACCAUCAUCAAGAGCCCACGACUACCACGACACACCAUCAAAAUGCUCCACAACAGUCGCAACACAUUUCUGGGCCUCUAUCUAGCAGUACUAGUUAUUAUACAAAUAGUCCUAGCCCGCCACAUGUGACUGAUGCGAAUGGAAAAAAUGUCCAAGAAACACUGGUACCGUUAGAGUCAACAACAACCUCCAUACAUCUUCAACAACAUUCCACUGUAGAAACAUUGACAUAUUCGGAUAAUUUAGUUAUAAGCAGGAGUCUUCUCGAGCAUAUCAACAACAAAUUAGAUCACCUCACGAAACGCGUUAAUUCAUUGGAAACGACACUAGGAUCCGAUAUGAAAAUGAUAUUGUCACUGUUGGAGACUAAACAGCAGCCUAGUAGUAGCGAAGAUUCGACUGUUAAACAAGAGAUGCCUGAAUAUGAAAACGUAGCAAUAGAUCCCAGUAGAACUAGAUAUACAUUUCAAAGAUCAGUUAGUGAACCAAAGCCAAUAUCAAAAAAUCAUCAUUCCCAAGCUCUUCAUAGGUUUGCAUCAUUUAAUAAAGCUUUUGAUUUCGAAAAAGGACCUGAGCCUUGUUGGGCGGAAUGUCUAAUAUCAAAAGAUAAAGAAAAAGAGGACAAACCCGCUCCAAUAGCUAAAUUGGAAUCUUUGGACGAAUUAGAUCUGGAAUCUCCUCUGGACAGUCCAAAAAAACCAAAAAAAUAGCCUAGUUGUUUCUAAACUAUAUUGUUUUUAUUUAAAUUGAUGAAUAUACAUAUUAUACAUAUGGAUUAAAACAUGUUGUCGGAAAUGGUCGAGUUAUAUUCAAACUGAUAUGUUUCCAAUAUUUGGAACGAGCUUUUAUAGACUGUUGAUUAAUAUAUUGUUGUACAUUAAUGAAAACAGUGAGAUAUAUAAUAAAUAAUUUCCCGUAUAUUUAAGGACAAACACGAACUUUGUUUAUUAAUACAAAAAAUUAUAAAUAUUUUCAAUAUAAUCAGGUUUGUUAACAAAUUUCAAAAAAUUAACUGACCUUGGUAUAUAUUUUUAUUUGAAAUUGCUUUUACAAAGGCUUAUGAUGAAUCUAUUAUCGAAAUCAGUGAUAAUAUGGUCGAAAAUCAACGUUUCCAGUGGAAUUUCGUCAAUUCUGAAAUAAAGAAAACUGAGAUGAUUAUUUAGAUUAUUUAGACACUACGAUCGUUCACCAUCUCACCACAAAGUUAUUAUCGUGGUAAAAAUAAUAUGGAAAAACCGUAAUAUACUAUAAAAACAGACAAAAAACUGAAGGAAUAGUUAUUAUAUUAUUAAUGUUGCUAUUAACUCCCUAAUUCUUCAAAAUCUGUAGAUACUAGUAGUAGUUAGUUUAUAUAAAUCAUCUUGAUUUUAGCCGUCUUCUGUUUUAAAAUUAGUUUUUUUUUCAUAAUUUUUGAAAAACAUAUAAUCAGAAUAAAAUGUAUAUUUAAUCAUAUAAUAGAUAUAUUUUAUUUUGAUAAUGUUAAGAAAAGCUCGUGAAAUGGGUCCUUAGGAUGGCCCUGUCCAGCUACAAGGGAAUUUUUGAAAUUUGGCGAAUUCGCGUUGCGUGUUUUAUCUGUUUUUUCUAUAAAUGACGGACGCGCCUUUGAUGAACUUUUUAUUAUAGAAGUUGGUUUAUUACAGAAUUUCUUUCAAAUAAUUUCUAGAAAAGUCUUUUUAUUUUGUUUCUUUUUGCUCUGGAACUUUGUAGAAUUCUAUUUGUGGCAGUUUAUGUAGCGCAGUAAUUGAUCCCACUUCUAAUGGAAUGGUUUUCGUAUUUAUCAAUAAUAUUUCUAUUCGUGAGGUGAAUUAAUAAACACUGUUUCUUACAUUCUUUAUUUAUUUACACACUACACUCAACUUAUAAUAAUUUACUUAUUAAUAUCACUUAAAUAAUUUCAGCGAUCACUUUUACUAAUUUGUUAUUCUCACUCCGAUUAUUUAUUGAAAACUAACCACCUGCGCUACAUAAACUACUAAAAAUAGAAUUCUACAAAGUUCCAGAACAAAAAGAAACACAAGAAAUAAAUAACUAAACUCUCCUAGAAAUUAUUUAAAAGAAAUACUAUAAUAAACCUCCUACUAUAAUAAAAUCUUCAUCAAAGGCGCGUCCGACAUUUAUAAAAAAAUAGAUCAAAGGCGCCGCGCGAUUGCGCUGAUUAAAAUCCCAUUGUAUUUGGACACGGCCAGCCUAAGGACCCAUUUCGCAAGCUUAUUCGUAACAAUAAAAACUGAAAGUAGUCAAUACGUAAAAUUCUUAUCUGUCUCAAAAAUUAUAGAAAAAAAAACUGAUAUUAAGAAAAAAGAUCUAAAAUCAAGACGAUUUAGGAACAUAAACAUAUAUAAAAGAUCUAAGAAAUAAGAAAUUAAAGUAGUAGUUAGUUAUAUAUAUAGCUUAUAACCUUAUACCCUAGGCUGGAAAUUCUUCCUCAUGAAGUAGUAUUUGGCCUCAGUUAAAGUAUAUACAACUGAUACUCAGCUGAAAUAAACAACUAAUAUUUAAAUUUACCUUUAUACGAAUCGAUAAUUAAAAAUCGAGAACAAGAUGAACAGCUUGUACUAAAUUGUAGAAAAUUAUCAAACAUAAUCCUAAAAAUCAAUAUAAAUCAAUAAAAAAAGUCUUGGCAAUAAAAUAUUUAUCAAAAAAUCGCUCUCACUGCAUAUUUAGAAUCAAGCAGUUAGAUGGUAUGAACAGUAAGCUUAUAUAUACUAUGCUAAAUAAAAAAAACGGAAAAUUAGUCAGAGAAGGCUGAGUUGCUACUUUCAGCUAUGUUGUAGCCAAUGGUUAUUGGUCCAGUGGUUGGUAGUCUAGCAGCGACUUGCAUUGCUGAUGUAUGUGUGACUCAGCAGCUGCAGCGAUGUGGUAAAAAUACAAUAAGAAUCUAGAAUACGGGGUGAAUAAAUAAAGGAAGGGUCAGAUGAAAUAGAUCUAGAUACAAGAUAUAUUAUAAAAACAUAACUUACCAGAGAAGAGGAAUCUUAAAAUAAAAUUCUUCUACUUACAUAGAUUCAAUUGAAGUGGAAAAUCAAGGAAUUACUUUGUUAUGGAAGUGACUAUACAACAAAAGUGACUACCAGUACAAUAACUAUUAAUUAAUGUAAUAGAAAUAAUAUUAAUGAUGGAUUUCAGCUGUCUUACCUCCCUUUAUGUUAACCUUAGUGAUUGGAAAUUAUUGAGACAAAUUUAAUAAGUAAUGCACACUAAUAUUUCUCACUAAAUCAUUAUUUUUACUUAGGAUUCACCUUCAUUCUAGUUUAAUUCAACAACUUGUUUACUUGUAGUAACGAAAUGUUACAUGACCAGCAUAAUUUGGAAAAAUAUAGUACUACAGCAGUAUAUCCACCAUACUGUACUAUUUAAACUUUAAUGGAGAUAUUGGGAGAACUAUAACCUCCAAAAUAUUGGCAUUUAGGUAUAGGUAACAUUGUAUGAAAAAUAUGAAGUAUUUCUUAAGGAUUUCAAAAAAAAGUAUCAAAGUUGAUCAAUUUCAUAACAAAGUUGAUUAUAUUUGUUGAAAAAUGAAAUACCUAUAAUAUAAAAUCAGUAGCAAAGUAAAAUUUAUGAAAAUUGGGGGAAGCCGUUUCAGAAAUAAUUGAUAAAACUAAUAGUUAUUAUUAAUAUUAAAAAAUAUUGUUAAAAUUUCGAUGCAUUACAGCCUACGUUAAUGAGGAAAUGUUUAAAUAUUAUACCAAGGUCAAACAGUUCAUCUUAUUUUAUAUAAAAAUAGUAUUAUAAAUAUAAUAUUUCAACAUUCCAUUACUAUAAAAUGUGAUAUUUUCAACUAACAUACUUAUUAAAAUGCAUGUAUGUAAUAACCAAAUCAAUUGCAGUUAAAAAUCCCAAUGUAAAGAUUAUCUUUUAGUCGGAAUUACGGGAUAAAGAUAAUAAACUCAAGAGACGUCCACUGAAAUUUGAUUUACGUAAAUCCGCCAACUUCAAAACUUCUAAUUGUCAAAUUUUCGAUCAUACUCAACAUAGGUCCAUCCAUCAUUGUUUUGCAAAGAGAAAUCAAAAUAUCUCAAAAAAUAAUAGUUUUAGACAUAUGAUAUGCUCGAAAAAAAGUUUGCUAGUGAUAAUUUUCGAUACUCAUUUGAAAAAACCAAGAAAAUAAUGUAUUAGUAUUUCGAUUCACCCUGUAUUAGGUUUAAUGAAUAUUAACGAAAUAAAUAAUUUUCCAAAAUUUUUACUACUAGGGCCGCAACAAAUCUUGAUUCUCUAAUUUUUCUUACAUUUCACAGGGUUUUGAACUUGUUGCGAUUUUUAUGGAAAAUUGGUCAUAACAUUCUAAAUACCCCGUAGAGCACAUCACAACUCUAUAUUAUUGUAUUGGGAAAGUCAAGCUGAUUCGGAAGAUGCAUUAAAAUAUAGGGUGUUUAAUUUUUAAAGAAUGUAAAUUUGAUAUUGCACAGUUUUCUGGAACAGAUUGAAAAUUAUUUUAAAAUGUUGAGACUAAUGAUUGCUAUAAUCCCUUAAAUUUCCAAAUUGAUGUCUCAAAGGACAAAGAAGGCACUGAAAUUAAUCAAACUAAUCAAUCACCCUGUAUAACCAACUAAUAUGAAUAUUUUCAAAUAUUACCAUUAUUUUUGAAUGCUUCAUGCAUUGUGGAACUGAGCUUUGCUUAAUAAUUUAAAUGGAAAAUAUUAAGCAUGAAAUUAUGAAAAAAAUAAUAUUUCAAGUUCAAUUGUUUAAUUUUAAAUAAACAUAUUGGAGUGAAAUUUCAUGAAGACAACAAAUGUUGCAUGAAAUAAUUGAUAAGUUUUCUGUAAGCACCGGAGAAAUGGUUAUAUAGUGGACUAAUAAUAAUAUUAAAAUUAAAUCAAGAUUACAAUGGAAGGGGGACAGUAGGCACACUUCUCGAACAUUAAAACUUAAAUCAUGAAUUUUAUUCAAGUUUUCGUUUAUACCUAAUUUAAAUAGGGAUAAAUAGGUCGUUAAACAUAGUAGUACGUAAAUGUAUCAGUCUCUGGCAUGGAGCCCUUUAAUUGUCUCUAGCACUUCAACGUAGUAGCUAUGUUGUUUGAAUUAUUAUUUUCUAAAUUCAUAAUAACACUAACUAGUCAGACAUUCACUUCUUUUUCCCUCAGACGUAUUAAAAAUAAGCAAAAUAAACCAUGUUCCACUAAAGGUUUACGUAUAUCUGCAAAGAACAUGCGAUCCUUAUGUCAUCUCGGAUAGUGUCUUCAAAAAUUAGGAUAUUUAUCAGGAUACUGUUCUGGAUUGUUCGACAGAAACUGUACUCAACCUCUUUUACAUGACAGCUUUCAGUCUCUGAGACUGAAAAUAUAUAAUUAAACGUAGAUAAAUGUAAAUUGAAAAAGCCAAAAACACACUUUCAAAACACAUCAAAAUAAAAAAUUGAAAAUAUUUUUAAAAAAUAAGCUUAAAAAUUGUGAAAUUUGUUUCGAUAUAAGAAGAAAAUUCGCAGGGAUAGUUUCUAAAACAUAUUUGCUGAAAAAGAAACUUUUUCCACACGUGAACGGGAUUUAACCUACGACCGGCGAAUUCGAAAGUUGACGCGUAAUCCCGCUCGUCAGACGAACGAAAAUUAAAGUGGUGGGAUAUACUAACAGUAAUAAACUCUAAGGAGAAUUACAAAUUAUCAAAAAAGCUCACAAACCUACAUACAGGUGAAGCUAAUAUAACCGUCUUAAAAAUUUUCGUUAUUUCAGAUAGUUAUGGUAAGCAUGAACAAAAAUGAGAAAAUUGAGGUGAUUAAAUCGAUUAUUUUUGUAAUUAUGCUCUCUCCUAUAUCUGCAAUGCUGGUUAGCUCUUGCUAGUCCUGAGAUAACCCCAGAUAUAGAGCGCCUUGCAUAUUUUCUUGGAAUAACUCAUUUAUUUAAGUAUAUUCCUAUGCCGAUUGGUUCUAAAAUAGAGUAAAAUUUAUUAUAUCAUUCUCAGUAUAAAUUCGCCAACGCAAAAAUAUUUUUCAGCUGUCAAGUUUCUCUCUUUCAAUAAAGAAGUAAUAAGAUGGUUAUUUAUGAUACCUGUUGAAACCUUUUUGAGAUAACUGAGUCUAUGUUCAAUCAAUGAAUUUUUAUUUAUAAGCGGGGAUAAUAAAAAGAAAGAAACAAUGAAAUUCAACUACCUUGAAGUUGCAAGGUAAAACAUGAACUCAAGCAUUAAAAUAUCAAGGGUCAAUAAAUAUUUGAAAGAAAUAAUAUAGAAGAAAACAACAUAAUGAGUACACAAAGAAAAUUGACAAGCUACUAAACAUGCAGAGCAUUUUCUAUUUUCACUUAUGCAACGGAAACAAGAUAUUGGAGAACGUAAACGAAUUUGAAGAGAUCAUGUCGAAAAAAUGCAGGAAUAGAGAUAGGCAAAAUUGGCGGUAAAAACAGAAACCAAAUACACGGAGACCACUAGACAUAGCACCAAAAAUAUGGUAUGAAAGCUGGAGCUUAACGUCUAAAGAAGAACUUAUGAGGCUAAAUAUUCGGAAUUGAGCAGCACAGAUUCCUGUUAAAAUGAGAAGAAGCCCCCGUCCUUUGCAUGCCAGUCCUUGAAAACCUGUGGAUAACUUUUUAAUAACAGCUUCCCAAGGGCUUGUGCCCGUUCACUAUUUACUCAAGUCUCGUCGAAGCAGUAAAAUUUUCUUUACUUAGGUGGUUUCUUUGCCAGAUAUUCAUUUCCGGUGUUUCUAUAAAUACCGAUUUUUUGCAAUACUUUAAAGAGGUAACGUUGAGUUUGUGCAUUUGUCUGAGCAUGAUUAAUUAUAUCGCUGUCUUUGAUUGCAGAAAUUAUCUUGUUGACAGUCGGAAUUUCGUUAAAAUUAAAAUUUGUUAAUUUAUCUAAUUUAAUUACGUUCUUUGCAACCUACAAUUCUUUAAACAAAGGACGAGGACAAUCCUGUCAUACUUUUACGCCUACUUGGUGCUAUCGCUUGUGAAAAUGUCUUUUUUUACACACUCUCUGUUUGUAUUGAAAUCCUAAUUGUUUACGACCACAUUUCAAUGCAUUUUCAUCGUGCCUGAUUAAAUGUCCAUCUUUAUUGGAUAGACCCUGAGAAAUAUUCACCACAAUCACAUUGUAAAAGUAAAAAUAUAAUUGUUUAUCCAAUUUUUGUAAUAUUUGAAAAAUACCUGAAAUGUGUAAUAAAGAAAAACACAAACAGAUAUCAAAAUUUCAAUAAAUCAUAAGAAAAUCUAUGUUUUAUAUGGCGAUAGAAUAGUUGACUAAUUUCAUUUUUAGUUUGUUGGAGUUUAAUUAUAUUUGUACUAUAAGUAUGGCAAUGGCGGUAAUAAGAAGACAUUGAGAUAUUGGGGAUUUUUAACUGCAGAUGUUUGCUAUAAUUGUUAUCAAUAUUAAUAAACAGAGUUUGUAGAGAAGAAAUCCGUCUCAUAAGAUUUAUACAAGAUGUAAAUUGAAAAAAAUAAUAAUAAAGACAAAACAUGACUUAUUACCUACUCAUUAAUAAUUUGUUAAAAUUAUUUGUUACAGCUUGUUUUCGGCAUUCAAUCGCUUUAAAGGUACAUUUUUGUAAGCACAAAUUAUAUGUUUAUACACAAUUUUAUCAUAUUUUUAAUAAUAUGUAAUAUUGAAUACUCAAUAAACGGCAAUUUGCUGCUAAAA